AUGGGUAUUGGUGAUGGCCAGGCCACGGUGGCAGCUCUGAAGGUGGUACGGCGGGCAGAGCGAUUUGACAUCACUGGUCUCUCCCUGCAGAGGUGCAACUCCAUAACGUCCUCCUGCCUCCGCAACCAUCUCUGGCACUGGGGCCUGGUACUGCUCGGCCACGCUCGGCAGAGCGCCCUUCGCCCCGAUGCGACCAGCGCCACCGCGGCCUUCUCGAGCUGUGAGACGGAGCAGCAAUGGAAGGUGACUGCCAUGAUCUUGGAGAAUUUGCAGGUGGGUGCGGAGGGGGGGAUUGAGCCAGACUUGACGAUGCUGAGCUCCGCCGCCACUUCGAUGGAAAAAGGCGGGCAGUGGAGCCGCUCCUUCCGCCUCCUGCGCCUCGCCAGCGCUGCGAGGUUUCAGCACAACCUUGUCAGCUACACAGCGGCAGUGGAUGCCUGUGGCGCAGGCGGCAUCUGGAAGGAUGCCAGGGAACUGCUGGCAGAGAUGCGGCAGGUGGCACAGAGGUCGGAAGCAAAGAGCGUAUAUCCUGAGCUCCUCUGA